AACUGGCCUGUCACAGACCUCAUCUUAAGCUAUCAGGUCGCUUCAUGUAUCUGCAGAAAGGCUCAGGAACGUGUACGUGUGAGCUUCACACAAAGGAGGUGCCCGAUGCGGAACCGGGCAGCGGUAACGUUACUUUCAAAGGCGGGUUUAUAGCAACGUGUGAAGAACUGAAGCUGCAAAUACUGUAACAUCUACUGUAUGCCGGGGUGGCGAGCCCUGGCGGUGCAGCGUUUACUCUACACGGCGUGAUCAGUACUGACAUUAGUACUAUAUUUAGUAAUAGUCACGUUUGCGAAGGUAUCGCACGCCCGGUGUUAUAAAGCCAUCGCUUGCAAGGCGGACCGGCCCCAUGCUGCCCCGUGGAGGGAAGAGACAGGGCGGCGGAUGCGGCUCCCAGCCAUGACAUCACCGUCCCUGACGAGGGGCUGAGAUACGGGGGAAAUGAGCGCAGUGCCCGGGGAGCAGGAAGCACGGCUCGUCGGCGCUAAUCAAAGCCCCUUAACGCGCGUCCCGGCAUCGGGGUUGAGCCUCUUUUUGUCUCAUUUUUCUGCGGUCCCCGGCGACUAAUGAGGGCGACGGACACAAGCUGCUCUGGCGGGACACACCACCGGCUUCCUGACCUGAGCAGACCCAGCCCUGCAGCUCAUGAUGUCUGACGAGACCAAAAUGUGUGAUGAAUCCUUUGGGUCAGAAGAGGGCGACGCUGAGCCAUUUCUGGAGGAGGGGGAGAACACCAGGGAGCUGCUGGGGAGGCUCAGGGAGCUGGAGGCAGAGAACUCCGCUCUCGCUCUCGCCAAUGAGAGUCAGAGGGAGGCAUAUGAACGCUGUCUGGAUGAGGUGGCCAAUCACGUGGUUCAAGCUCUGCUCAACCAAAAGGACUUACGGGAGGAGUGUAUCAAGCUGAAGGUGAGGGUGUUCGACCUGGAGAGGCAGAACCGGGCCCUGAGUGAACUUCUGAACCAGAAGCUCCACAGUGAGCUCAGCCCCCACCAGCAGGCAUCUUCUGGACCUCAGCUGGAGCCUGGUCCUGAUCCACUCCUCGCUGGUACUAACAGGCAGCCAGAAUCUCAACAUGAAACAGCAACCAAGAGUGAUGGGGAACACACGAGGGGAAAUACCCCAGGUGCUCAGGGACUCGCUGUGUCCAUGGAGGCUCUGUCCCCUUUCUUCAAGAAGAAAGCCCACAUCCUGGAAGUGCUGCGUCGGCUGGAGGAGACCGACCCUCUGAAAUUCUACCCAGGCGGGGGUCUCCCAUCCUGCUGCCAUUUCACACCGGCUUUGGUACCAGCCGGGGCCACAAUCACGUCACACUUGUGUCUGGACACCAAUGCGUCAGCUGUGAUGAAUGGCGAAGGCCAUGGGACUCCACACGAGAGCUGCCAGUCCUGCUUGAUGCUCUCCCAGAGGAAUGUGGACGUGGGCGCUAAGGUCCACCAAGUUAGAGGCACUUCACAACCCAGAGCAGAGGAGCAACUUGAUGGCCAAGGGGACUCAGGUUCCCAAGCCACUGACCCUCCUUCUGGCAGCACAACCAAACCAUGCAUGCACAGCACACCUGCGGAGGAAUCCGGGUUACCCACGGACCCCUCACACACCGUCAGUACCGAUGCUUACCUCUAUUCCAUUAUUAAAGACGCUGCUCAGAAACAUCCUUCCAGUGAAACACCAGAGGGAGGGGAGCCCAGUGAAGAGAGAUACUGUGACAAGCACUCGGGUGUAGCGCUAAGCAUGCCGUGUACAUCACAAGCCAAUGAACUGGACUCCCUGCCCCUGAAGCACAUAGGCGCAGUAGCCAUCCAAAGCUUGGCUACAGGACAGAUCGCGGAAGGGUACUGCUUCAAACUGGCCAGUGAAGUAGCAAAGGUGAAGAACUACUUGUACACCUCUACCUCAUACCAGCCAGUCCCUGGUGUGAUAGACCACCAGGCCAGGGUGCAAAUCUGCAAUAGACUGCACCUCGCAUCCAAUGAGGACCCAAGUCUUAGAAAUCUGGCGGUGGCUGAUUGUGGCCCCGUCCCUGACAACAGCACAGUGCAGCAACCAUCCCCUGGGAAGGUAAGCGUUGCACUCGGGCCCACGUCCAUUUCAUGCCUUAGCGAGGCUAAGGCCUCCCCGAUCUCCUCCCCCUCCAGGCUGCUCAGGUUCCUAAAAAUCCCUUCAAUGGGAGAGCGGGCGCAAGUGGCGAGUCCCCUACGACUGAGCCCCCAGCUCACCCGCAGCUCCAAAAUACCCUGCCGGAACAACACCUAUGAGAUUUACCACUCUGCAGUUGUGUCCCGGCAAGCUACCAGCACAGAAAGGGAAACACAGUCGUCUUCCUCAAAGACUAAUACGUACCCCGCUACGCAUUCUGCACCCGCUUCCCCUCCCAAGGAUGCCUGUUUGUCUGUGGCUAAGAAUUAUGUUUUUAACAGUCACUCUGCACCAAAAGCCAGCUGCAGUGCCAAGCUGAAACCAGCACAGAGGAACAUCCAGAAGCAGCCCCACUACGAGAAUGUAUCCGGCCAUUCAGCUGCAGGAGUACCGCAGCACCUUGAAAGGAUGAACAUUUCUCACUUUCCUCCCUACCCUGGCCACUCGGAUGCUCCAGACACACAGCCGAGCUCCAGCACAGAAUUGUCCUCGGGCCUCCAGUCAUCAAGCCGCGACACUUAUGCAGAAAGUGCGCUCUGGUACCAGGCACAGAGCCACCACAGUCUGCCCAACUCCUUGGUUUUUCAGAAAGCCCAGAGUGGAUGCGUUUUCUCCGGUGUGAGGGAGAAAACACCAGACAGAUAUGCUCCACGGGGCCCCGAUGUCAUCCGGGCUAGUGAUAGCCCUAAGAGAGGUGAUAGCCCUUCCGUUUCAAAGAAGCAAAUGGUAGCGAAAUCCGAGGGAGAUUCCUGCCAUCUGCUAUUCAAGGAGCGCUUAGCCGCACUCGGCAAGCUAAGGAGCACUGACGACUUACCGGUGAAUCCAAGAGCGGUGGACAGGAGGCAUGCCCGGUGCAGCGGCGGCAAAGUCUCUGGGGCGAGCAUUAACGAGAAAAGCAGGACGGCUGAAAGGCAGGGCGACCGCACUCCGUCGGAACACAAGCACACCAAGUACACAGGUUCCCUAGAUGGAAAGUCUUACCCUAAAGCCAAUCUCAGUAGCUAUGCUUUGAAGUCCCCAGGCACCUGCCUGCCUUGUGAACCAGGAGCCAAGUCACUGCCAUUGGGCUCUGUAGCUGCCAAGACUGAGAUUGAGAUGUCCUCCUCCAGAGUUCAUGCAACUAAGCUCAAGGGUGGCAUGCCGUCAUCCAGCACAGAACCCCCUCACGUUCUACGCAACUAUGUGAAGUGCGUACCUUCCCACAGUACCAGAACUACUCCUAGCCCUCAGAGCAGCCCAGCAAAGGUCUCAUCAAAGUCCCCCUCCAGACCUGGCCAGGCUUCCUCCUAUCCCCGAGGGAGCAAGCCUGCUCAUGAUGAUCGUGGCUCUUCACAAAAGCAGGCAUCACGGCCAGAAGACAGAGGCAAGCUAACCGGUAGUAAGAAAAGGAGUGCCGUCUACGCUGAAGGCCACCCGGCCUCACCUGCAAGGCAGUAUGUUCCUGGGCCUCGAUCUGCCAUCGAGCAGAAAGUCAUGAAGGGGAUUGAGGAGAACAUGCUGAAGUUGCAGGAGCAGGACCGAGGGCAGGGCGCCGAGGCCAAGCAGAAGGCCUCCAACGGCAUUGCCAGCUGGUUCGGCCUGAGGAAGAGCAAGCUGCCGGCACUCAGCCGCAAACCCGACACAUCCAAACCCAAGGAGGGGAAGCUCAGUGCGUCCUCCAUGGGAAAGGAUCCCAAAGCGGCCACCAAGAAGAAGCUGGAGGUGGAGAGCCUGAAUAUCUCCAAGCUGAUGGAGAAGGCAGAGGACCUGCGGCGGGCCCUGGAGGAGGAGCGCGCUCUCAUGAACGGGGUGGCCCUGGACCGUCCAGGGAGGGGGCACUCUUGUGAGGUAGUGAUGGACCAGGCUCAGGGGCAGCUAUCAGUCAUGUAUAGGGGGGUGACUUCUGACAACUUCAUGCAGCAGUUGCUGAACAGGGUGGACGAGCGGGACACAAGCCACUUUGGUCUGGCACACCGGCGCCUCUCUUUUGACUCCAAGAAGUCCAGACCCCUUUUUAUCCACCACAGAAGUGGCGGCAUUCCUCACACCAAGAGUAAUGAAGACAUGGAGAAGGGCUCGGGCAUGGUGAGAAAGGGUGAAAUUACAUCAGAGGAGAGCCUGGCUGAAUCCGUCACCUCCCAGCACUUUGCAGGCUCCGCUGCCUCCACACACACACUGGACAGCGGCAUCGGCACCUUCCCUCUACCCGACUAUACGGGCAGCGCGCUGGGGAUCCCGAGGGUGAAGCCCCAUCAGGAGCGAGACACGCCGCGGCCAGGGACCAAGGCGUCCCGCCGGACCCGGACCCUGGAGCUGUCGGCUUUGGAGGAGGCUCCCCCGAGGGAUGCAGAGCAGAACAGAGAAACGCUCUAUGCCGCCGCCCUGGAGGAAAAGGCCACCGCUGCACCCCUGUCCUGCACCAUCACAGGAGAUGACAGUACCGAUGACGCCUUUGGAGCGCAGGUAGCCUCUUUACCCUCUAAGAACUGGACCUUUCCCAGCGUGAAAGCUCCUGCGGGCCAAGCAGAGGUGUACCUGGGUGUCGGGGAGGAGGUGCAGCUGGCCAGCCAUGGGAGUCCCUUCAGACAGAUUCUGAAGCCCUCUGGCCCACCAGCCCCCACUGAAGCUGAGUCACAGAGCCUUUCACUACCUCCUCAGCAGGCACAGGGCCGCCGGGCCAAAGGUCGAGCUCCCAGCAGCCCUGAGGUGGCCAAGGAGGUGGGGCUGGAGCUGGGGAAUGAGCGGCCAGACGGCGUGACGUCUGCCAGCCAGCCCCAGGUGCUGGAGACCCCGGAGUCGCCGAGCGACUCGCUGUACGACAGCCUUUCCUCCUGCGGCAGCCAGGGUUAAGGGGUGGAGUCACACAUGUAGCCCCGCCCUCAGAAGGGGGCGGAGCCUGAGUCCACAGCAUCUCUCCAGUCUCUGCUGGACAGUGGACUUGGCACAUGAUCACCGUUCCUCAGGGUCUGACCAAACAGCAGAGCCGCAGAUAUCUGAAGAGGACUGAGCAGAUAGACAACCUGAACCCACUUCUGAAGCUCUUCCAGAAAGAUGGACUCAAGGUGGAACUCCUCACAAAAUUGGGAGGAUUUCAGUCUUGGGAGACCAAGAUCAUGUCAAAUUAAAUAAAGUCCGGAUUGUCCCAGCCGCGAAAGUCACACUGUUAUCCCCACUUAAGAUUCCUUUUUUAGUUUAAUUUUAAUUGGUAGAUAAACAUAUUUUAAUUGAUGCUUCUCUUAAGUUUUGUAUCGGUUCUGAUGUGAAUAUUGUUGUCAUCUAUAGUUCUGCAUUUCUGUUUCCUAAUGAUUGCUUUUUUAAUGAACCGGCAGAACUUGCGGCAGCGCCUGACCCUCUGUGUUACAGACUGGAAACGAUUUAAAAUUGCAGUUCAAGUUGGCAAUAAAUUUGUGAGCCCAAACAGGUGGAGCUGAGAGCAGAA